AUGGAUGGGGACGUGUCGACAUUGCGAGAGUCUUCCAGUCUUGUGCCGGCAAAGUCAAAAAUCCCCGACUUUGCUCUGCGCUCAUUUGAAGUAUGCGAUGCACUCCUUAUGCCGUCCUCGGCAUCAACGAUCGGGACAAAACGAUUGCCGUUACCAAAUACUAUCGAUCAAGGCGUAUGUAACGCUCCAGCAGGUAGACACCCGAGUAAUGGCCUUCGUCAAACAGGAUUUGAAAUUCAUGUGUAA